AUGUAUUAUAUCAUUACAAUUUUAAUUGCAGCAGGUUUUGGAUUUAUAUAUAAAUUUCGUGAACGUCUUACUUUUAAAUAUGGCCUUUUAUCACGUUCAUGUAAUGAUACAUUUCCACUUCCAUUAACAAAAAUGGGAACUCAUCAAUUUAUAGAACUUUCAUUUGGUAAAGUUCAUUAUAUUUAUCGAUCAUCAACAAGAACAUCAACAUCAUCAUCGAAAUUAAAUAUAUUUGUUCACGGUUUUUCAAUUCCAAUGCAAAUUUGGCAAGAUGUUUUUCAAUCACUUGUUGAUGAUAAUCAUUCAUGUUUAAUAUUUGAUUUAUAUGGUCGUGGUUGGUCCGAUGCUCCAUAUGUACCAAUGAAUGUUGAUUUAUUUGUUUCUCAAUUAGCUGAAUUAUUAUAUGCAUUAAAUCUUCCAUAUGAAAAAUAUAAUCUAUUUGGUGUUAGUAUGGGUGGUGUUAUAAUACAACGUUUUACUGAACUCUAUCCAUCAAAAGUUUCAAAACUUAUACUUUGUUGUUCAGUUGGACUUAAUGUUGUAAGACCAUCAAUAUUUCUAAUGUCUAUUUUAUCUAUACCAAUUAUUGGUCCAAUGCUUUUUAAAUUAGUUAUGCAAAGUGGUGAUAAUAAAAGUGUACGUUCACAAUGGGCAUAUCCAGAUAAAGAUGAAUAUAAACAAUAUCAAAAAUUAUUUGAACAAGCAUGUAAACAACAUCCUGGUUAUUUACGUUCAUUAUUUUCAACAAUAUUUUUUUUUAAUUUUCAAUUAUCAUUAAAAACAAUUGAAUUUAUUGAACAAUUAAAUAUACCUAUAUUAAUUGUAUGGGGUGAUAAAGAUACAUUAACACCUGUUGAAAAUGCAUAUCGUUAUCAUCAAUUAUAUAAAAAUUCAUUAUUAAAUAUUAUACAUGGAGCUAAUCAUAGUUUACUCAUUGAACAUUCUAAACAAGCCAUUGAAGCUAUAAAACCAUUUUUAUCAGAUAAAUGA